AUGUGCAAAGUCUUCCCAUCCAGCUUGGGAGAAACCGGACUCCGAUGGUUCGAUCGACUCCCCGCUGGAUCGAUUCAUGGCUGGAAGCAGCUCUCCAAAGAGUUCCUAGCCAGGUUCGUCUUCAAUACUAAGAUCCCAAAAGAGCCAGAUACGCUGUUUGGCCUCAAGAAGGAGCAAGAGGAAAUGCUGUGCAAUUAUGCUAGAAGAUACUGGAAAGAGUAUAAUGAUCUGGAAGAAAAUGUGUGCAGCAAGCAGAUGGUCGUUAUGUCCUUCAAACAUGGUCUGCGCCCGGAAAGUAAGUUGAGACAAUCACUUACCAAGCGCCCGGCCACAGCUUUGAAAGACUUGCGCGCUAGGAUUGAGCAAUAUGCUCAUCUCGAAGACGAUCAGAUCCCCAUCGAGGUAGUGUCAGCAGAACAAACAGCUCGGCAGAGGAAGAGAACGGAUCGAGGAGAACACCGAGGGAUUGCAGUGAAUGAGGUGGAUAAGUCCAUAUCCCAUGAAGCCGUUGUGACUGUGUUCAAAGAGCCAAUCUAUCGAAUCCUGGAAAAGAUCAAGAGAGAGCCCUUCUUUGUUUGGCUGCCGAAAAUAUUGGGAGAUCCAGCUCGGCCCAAUCAGAAGCUCAGAUGCACCUACCACCAAGACAGGGGAUACAUGACUCAUAACUGCAGGGCACUGAUGCAACACUUGGAAGACCUAGUGGCAGCUGGACACCUAAGGGAAUACAUUGAUCAAGAUAAGGAAGUGGCCAAGCUGGGGAACCCACCUCCAGAAGCAAAUAUCGCGCAUCAAGCCCGGCUGAUAAUAAAUGUGAUCCAUGGGACAGCGGCUUAG